GCGGCCGCCAAUCCCGACGUGAAAGUCUGGAACGUGGGCAAGGUGACCUCGUUAUCAAAAGGAAAAAUCCCCCCUCCGCAUAUCGAAAACUAAAUUUGUGAUGCUGUAUUUGAGUACACAAAUCGACUUGCAUUGCUAGAAGGCCCAGAGACGCAGUCGUGGCCUCGUUUGUAGGCAAUUUGCCAUGCUGUUUCCCACUUCCACCUGCCUCCUGUCAUGCUGUAGCUGCAAGGCUUUUUCCACGCCCUACAGCACUACAGUCCGCACUUUUUCGCUUCUAGCAUGACAAAAUGAUUUGUGUACACAAAUCCCGCAUCACAGAGCUCCAUUUUGAUAUGGGGAGGGGGGAUUUUUCAUUUUGAUACUCGUUCGAGGGAGUCUUCGCGGACACCGACGUGGCGAUCCCCGACAUUCUAUCCCAUAUAAAAACGUCCCCACACCAUAGGCAAGAUGUGAAAUCUGCAACACAAAUCUCCAAGUUUUGGGAGUUCUGCAUGACAAGUUGUUUCCUGUGCAGUUUAGUCCUGGCUAGCAAGGAAAGCCGCGCAAAAAAGCCAUUUUCUUAUCCUGUUAACAGCAUUACAAAUGCCAAAACACGACUGGAAAUGCCUCUCAUGGAGAUGCGCACUACAUGUGUUGCUGUCGUUGCGCAUUUGCAUGACAUCAACCAUCGGGCCGUUUGCACAGGGGGAGGCAAAGUGUGCCGCGCUUCUGUUUAGCAUGACAACUUCUAUGGGGCGGGGACGUUUUUCCACAGGAUGCGUUCGGGACUGGGACGUGACGCAGGCGGAGACGAUGCGGGCCAUGUUCCAGCGCGCGCGCCGUGCCUCUCCCUGCAUCACGAAGUGGCAGAUCUCGCUCAAGCUGCGCGACAUCGCCUUCAUGUUCAACGAGGCGUACUGCGCGACGCCAAACGUGGAGUGGUGGAUGGACAAGUGGCUGUACUACUGGACCAACGAGUACAGUCCGAUCAAGCUGAACGAGGAGCAAUUCGCGCGCGACGCCGGGCUGCUCGGGAGGUGCGAGCGGCCGCCGGAAUCGAUGUUCGACGCGGACAAGGGGCUGUAUGGCGCUCUCAACUGUUACAUCCUCAACUGUUACAUGAAUUUGUCAUGCAAAAACAGCAAUAGGGAAAGGGGAAAGCUUGCAAGUCUUGCAUCACAAAUUUAGCACGGAUUAAGAUGCUGUUUUGCCCUUCGAUAAUUUGUCAUGCGAAGCAGCUUGAUCGUCUUGCGGCUCAUGGUCAUGCUGCAUGACAAAUCAUGUAACAGUUGAGAAUGUAACGUUUGAGAGCCCCAUAGGCUGGACCUCACCUGUCCCGACGACGACCCCUUCCGACUCGCGCUGAACCUGCGGGAGCCCGGGCAAACGACGGUGCGGCUCCCCUUCGACCUGUUCAGCCAGGAAAACCGCGUCACGGUCUACUGGGGCGAGGAGGGGUCCAAGGAGCAGGACCGG